AUGACAGAGCGAGUGGCCAAGCCCAGAGGGAGGAAAAAGAAAGAGACAACAAGAGCUGCACUAGCAGUCCGCGGAAAGGAUCCAACAGACGAUAGCCAGCCAUCAGCGAUUCCUCGUACAAUUCUUGCCCAAGAAGAAACCGCAAGCACAUCAACACCAAUUGACCAGCCUUCUUCAUCGUCAUACCCAUCGUUACCAUCCGAAAGCAGAGACAACGAAAAGAUAGAGCAAGCCAUCGUAGCAAUCCGCUACCAGUACAGACCCCCCAUGCUAAACCAGCCCUCACGAAUCCUGCCAGAAGCUCUAGAUACCGCUUUCCUCUCCCACUACAUUGAGCUCAACAAAGGCGGAACGAGACUGAAGAAUGAUGCUAUUCCUGAUGAGGAAGAGGUUCUGGUGCCGCUUAUCAUGUCGUUGUACGAGCUAUAUGUAGGGGCGACUGCGACGGGCGCAAUGUCUCACAUCGCGGCCGCAGCUGAGAUUAUGAAUAUGCGCGGUCCGAGUAACUGCGGGUCAGGCGCCAUUUGGCCGCUCUUCAAGGGUAUCCGCAGCUCUGAUGCCCAUAAAUCCGUAGUCUUCAACCGCAAAUCCGUCUACGCCUCCCCAGACUGGAUGACCCUCCCCUUCAUCGGCAAACCGCGCGACGCACACCAAACUCUCGCAGACAUCGAACUCAUCGUCCCUCACUGUUUCGCCAUGCUCGAGAUACCCGGUUCUAUGCGCGUCCUCUUCUCCACGCCAAUACCCUCGCACGUCGACGUGAGACCUUGCAAAGAACUCGCGUGCAAAUUGAUUCGGCAACUCGAUGACUGGGCUGCAGUGUAUCCACACCUGACGAACUUAUCCAGGAGUCCACGCGGAACACCUGUCGAGAGGGGUACGUCGACCCUACCCAAACCCAAUACCAGGCCAGGAUCUCCCAAAUCAACCACAAGUUCGCCUAAUACCUUCAUAGCCCUAAUCGCCUCAAACUACAUGGCCGACCGCCUAGUCCUAAGCAUGCUCAUGUACAAAACACACACAGAAUCCACAGCCCCCAUAGCCCCCUACGAGAUGCCCACCCCCUAUUACUUCGACGUAGCCACGAAAGCCACGACGGAUAUCAUUGACGCCGCAGCGGAGAUCGAACAGGCCCAAACACCGGGGUUUGACCUACUGCGCAGUAUUGCCCCCGUUAUGGCUGUGGCUUUUGCGGCGCCGACGAUGGAGCUGAGGAAGGAUGCGGUGGAUACGAUGACGAGGUGGGCGAGGAGGAUAGGGGGGCUGGGGAGUAUUAUUGGGGCGAUUUGA